AUGGCGACAAGCUCUCGGCAUGGAACUACAAUCCUCCGAGCUAAAAAUAACUCCUACUGGGCCAUUUCCCAUCUCGCAGUGUUCGCAGCGUUUGACACUGUGACACCAAAUCCAUCCAUGCGUGUUACAGACCCAGCAACACUAGCUCUGUCUAGACUAAGCGACUCUUCUGACUAUAUCACAUGGUCUGCUAAAUCAGGAUAUACUAACGUCCAAGCAUCCACCCUUUGGCAUCGCGCCAACGGGCGGCAGUCGAAAGAAGACAAAGCCGAAAAACAGCGUUAUCUUACGGACCCGGAAGAAAAGGCACUCAAAGAUUUUGUUCUACGCUUUGCAAAAAACGGCUUUCCUUUGCCGAUCAAGUACUUGCGAUCGCUUGCCCACCUUAUCGUCAAACAGCGGACUUCCGCAUCCUCGAACCACCAUAUUGCCAAGCUACCUAGCUCGGGCUGGCCGCGAAAGUUCUUCAAACGACAUCCAGAAGUAAAACCUAGAAAGUCAAAACCCAUAGAUUGGAAACGGCACGACCAUAACAUCCAUGGUAAAGUUGAAGAAUGGUUUUCCGUGAUCGGGCCGGAACUCCACGACCGUAUGAUUGACCCUGUCAACAUCUACAAUAUGGAUGAAAUAAGAGUCAUGUUGAGUGGUCCCCGUUCUCUGAAGGUUUUGGUAGGUAAGGACUACAGUGGCUCGAGGGGCGCAAGAGUUAAUCGGGAGGCCAUCACGGCUAUUGAAUGUAUUUCGGCAGAUGGCCGCUCACUCCCCCCAUUAAUCAUCUGGCCAGCUGCCACCCACCGUAGUUCUUGGACUACACAUCCGACCCCUGAUUGGCAUUUUGCAUGUUCCAAAUCUGGCUACACCGAUAGUAAGAUCAGUCUGUAUUGGAUCCAGCAUGUUUUUGACCCUCACACCAAAUCACUAGCUGGGAAUAAGCCGCGUCUUCUCAUUAGCGAUGGAUUUGGCACCCACGAGUCUCUUGAGAUUAUGGAGUUCUGUCUUCUCAAUAGAAUCGUGCUCUGUCGACUGCCAUCCCAUACAUCGCACAAACUUCAGCCCUGCGACGUUGGCGUUUUCUUGUCACUGAAAACUGCGUACCGUGAACACGCCGAGUCAUUGGAGCGGUGUGGGGCUAACACAAUUGGGAAACAGCAUUUUACGUAUUUGUACAGCCGUGCCCGCGACCAGGCAUUCAACUCUCGGAAUAUUCUCUCAGGAUGGUCCAAAACUGGACUGCGACCCUUCAAUCCCGAGAGGGUCCUCAGAGACAUCCAAAAACCUCCAGCUGACGAUGUACAAUUACCGACUUCUGGGACUCUGGUGGCUAUAGCAAAUGACUUGCCUGACACACCAGUCAGCCCCCGAAAACUGGCCCUACUACGUAGCGAAGUUGAAAAAGAUGCGCAUCAAAUGGAUGAAGGCUGUAAGCUUCGUCUUCAGAAGAUAUUAAAUGCGACGGAAAGAGCAUUUGCGGAGCGUUCGCUUCUUCUGCAGCAGAACCACGACUUGUUUGAGCAGAAUAACGAAAAGAAAAGUAAACAGCGUACAAAAUCGACCCUGGUAGGGAAGGCCAAGAUCAUGACGUUUGAGGACAUUGAAGUGGCAAAAAGAAAGCGUGAAGAAAAAGAAGCCGCGCGGGAAGCAAAGAAGAGGAAGAAACGGGAUGAACCAAGUGAAAUUAGUCAGACCUUGCCACAUGCAGAGGAUAAUCGUCGCCAAGGACCGUUGAGGGAGAUAGAAGAUUAUUGCUCCAUUCUCCGAUUUGAUUAG